GGAGCAGACACUCCCAGCCCAAACUCAGCUUUCUUAGCGCUGUUCCUUAGGAGUGAGCACAGCCCCUUCCCAGUCCCCGGAGGCCGCCGCGCCAGCCGCGCAGAUCGAGACCUUUCCCGGCCCCACAGGCCGGCUCUGGACGUGAGACCCCGGCCGCCUCCGGCAAGGAGAGGCGGGGGUCGAGUCGCCCUGUCCAAAGGCCUCAAUCUAAACAAUCUUGAUUCCUGUUGCCGGCCUGGCGGGACCCUGAAUGGCAGGAAAUCUCACCACAUCUCUUCUCCUAUCUCCAAGGACCAUGACCUUGGGGAGCUUCAGAAGGGGCCUUUUGAUGCUGUCGGUGGCCUUUGGCCUAACCAGGGGAGACUUGGCGAAGCCUUCCAAGCUGGUGAACUGCACUUGUGAGAGCCCACACUGCAAGAGACCAUUCUGCCAGGGGUCAUGGUGCACAGUGGUGCUGGUUCGGGAGCAGGGCAGGCACCCCCAGGUCUAUCGGGGCUGCGGGAGCCUGAACCAGGAGCUCUGCUUGGGACGUCCCACAGAGUUUCUGAACCAUCACUGCUGCUAUAGAUCCUUCUGCAACCACAACGUGUCUCUGAUGCUGGAGGCCACCCAAACUCCUUCGGAGGAGCCAGAAGUUGAUGCCCAUCUGCCUCUGAUCCUGGGUCCUGUGCUGGCCUUGCCGGUCCUGGUGGCCCUGGGUGCUCUAGGCUUGUGGCGUGUCCGGCGGAGGCAGGAGAAGCAGCGGGAUUUGCACAGUGACCUGGGCGAGUCCAGUCUCAUCCUGAAGGCAUCUGAACAGGCAGACAGCAUGUUGGGGGACUUCCUGGACAGCGACUGUACUACGGGCAGCGGCUCGGGGCUCCCCUUCUUGGUGCAGAGGACGGUAGCUCGGCAGGUUGCGCUGGUAGAGUGUGUGGGAAAGGGCCGAUAUGGUGAGGUGUGGCGCGGUUCGUGGCAUGGCGAGAGUGUGGCGGUCAAGAUUUUCUCCUCACGAGAUGAGCAGUCCUGGUUCCGGGAGACGGAGAUCUACAACACAGUUCUGCUUAGACACGACAACAUCCUAGGCUUCAUCGCCUCCGACAUGACUUCGCGGAACUCGAGCACGCAGCUGUGGCUCAUCACCCACUACCAUGAACACGGCUCCCUCUAUGACUUUCUGCAGAGGCAGACGCUGGAGCCCCAGUUGGCCCUGAGGCUAGCUGUGUCCGCGGCCUGCGGCCUGGCGCACCUACAUGUGGAGAUCUUUGGCACUCAAGGCAAACCAGCCAUUGCCCAUCGUGACCUCAAGAGUCGCAAUGUGCUGGUCAAGAGUAACUUGCAGUGUUGCAUUGCAGACCUGGGACUGGCUGUGAUGCACUCACAAAGCAGCGAUUACCUGGAUAUCGGCAACAACCCCCGAGUGGGUACCAAAAGAUACAUGGCACCCGAGGUGCUGGAUGAGCACAUCCGCACAGACUGCUUUGAGUCGUACAAGUGGACAGACAUCUGGGCCUUUGGCCUAGUGCUAUGGGAGAUCGCCCGGCGGACCAUCAUCAAUGGCAUUGUGGAGGAUUACAGGCCACCUUUCUAUGACAUGGUACCCAAUGACCCCAGUUUUGAGGACAUGAAAAAGGUGGUGUGCGUUGACCAGCAGACACCCACCAUCCCUAACCGGCUGGCUGCAGAUCCGGUCCUCUCCGGGCUGGCCCAGAUGAUGAGAGAGUGCUGGUACCCCAACCCCUCUGCUCGCCUCACCGCACUGCGCAUAAAGAAGACAUUGCAGAAGCUCAGUCACAAUCCAGAGAAGCCCAAAGUGAUUCACUAGCCCAGGGCCACCAGGCUUCCUCUGCCUAAAGUGUGUGCUGGGGCAGAAGACAUAGCCUGUCUGGGUAGAGGGAGUGAAGAGAGUGUGCACGCUGCCCUGUGUGUGCCUGCUCAGCUUGGCUCCCAGCCCAUCCAGCCAAAAAUACAGCUGAGCUGAAAUUCGAUCUGCCUCCGUCUGGGCUGCUCAAAGUGGCCGGCUCUCUGACGCCUGGCUGGGUUCCCCAUCCCCAAGGCCAGCAGGGUACACCCACUACCACUCCCAGGGCAGGGUGGCCAAGCCAGGGAAUCCCGGGCCCGGAUCCUGGGCUUUCACUCUUCCCUACCCUUGGUCAACCUUACUGAACUGUCAGAGCUGCCAGGAUGGCACAGGGCCCUGUCCAGCUUCAGCAGACAUUCCACCUGCCGGGGCUCAGCCAGGGAUACUCAGCAGCCUCAGUGUCUCUCUGUGGGUGUUUAUUGCUUCUAUGAUGCCUUUUAGUUGUCCUGAUUAGAGCCCCUGGCUAGUCUCUUGGGACAGGCGGUACCUGACUCUUCCACCCUCUGUCCCCUUACCAUCUCAGCUGACUCACUAGGUCAUCAAAAUCCAAGGGCUCUCUGAGGAGAAGGUCAAUCAUGGUGGAAGCGAUCGACCCAGCAUUGCUCCGUUCGAUAGGAGAGGUCUUCACCAUCUUACCAUCUUAGGUUUUGCCUCAAUGUCCUCUGAGGUGUCUCAGAGCCUGAUUUUCUUUGAAGCUCAGGCUGUGUGAAAGCUGAGUCUUGUCUAUUAUGCCCUGUCCGCUGUCGCUUGAGUCAAGCUGGGGUUUGUAAAUAACGGCCAGGUUCCAGCAUGGCCUAAAGUGCCCCCUAGGCUAGUCUCCAGGCCCCAGUUCUUGCCUUAAGCUAUGCUAGCAGCCACCUCAGGACCCAGGCAGUACAAGAACUUCUGACUCCCUCUGCGGCUUGGCCUUCUGCCCAGGGCUCAAGGGUGGCUUCCUUUGGGGUCUCCAAUACUGAAAGAAACUUAGCCCCUGUCAAGAAGCCUCCAGCAACCAGGGUUCUGCUCCCCACCCCCACCCCCGGCUGUGACUCUCUGGCCAAAGCCCACACCCUGGGCCAGACCCCAGAAAGUGAGCCUUGGGAGAACGUAGCCUAGAGAAACACAGAGAGUCUGGUAUUUAGAAAUGUGAAGGGUUCACCCACGUACUGAACAGGUGAAACUGAAGCCUGGGUUGAUGGACUGAAGAGAAGUGAACUGUAGGCGAGGCUUAAGAAGGGUAAAGCAGGGUUCAGGCAAGAGACAAGGUCAGCCUCCAUCUUGGGAAGACCUGGCCUAGAAACUAUUGGCCACUGAAGGGAGAAACGGCGAGAGUUCAUCAUGCUCCACACAGGCCCCGACCUCUUGAGUUCCUCCAGUGUGACCUCCCAGCUCUCCAGCGCUGUUCUCUCUCUCAAGCCUGUCUUUCAGCAAUAUGCAAGGACCAAGGAGAACCAGGAAGUGAAACGAGACAAAAACAGAAAGUAGUCCGGCUUUCCCCAGACCAGUGGGGGCAAAGUCUGAAGGUUCUCCCGUCACUGGAGCCAGGGAAUCGCUUUCUUGCCUGAAGGAUUUUAUUUCUACUGAACUUGGGAACAAAUUUAUCCCCAGACUCCACAGUCAGAGCCAGAAGACAGUAGCUCCUCCAAGGCCAGGAAAUCCUAAGUGGAGGUGGGGGGGGGGGGUUGAACAACUGGAAACGUGGCAAGGAGAGUGGCCCUCUAGAGACAACUAUCUUCAAAUGCUUCCCAGUGCAGGUGUGUGAGUGGAACCACACAGUUUGUGGGAGCACUUGGCCUGUGACAGGCAUGUAGUAGGUCUUCAAUAAACCAUGUUUGACCCCCUGA